GUUGCACUUCCUUCUUUUUUAAGCAUGUAUAUUCCAGACAUCUUGUUGGGCAACUGUAAAUUAUUGCUCUGCUGGUAAGACCAGUGGGAAAAUAACUCGUGCUCAUUAAGUACAUAAUAGGUGUACUUCCCAAAACCACACCCCUUGAAACAGGCUCUUUGAUAAAGGAGUUGCACAGCUUGCCACCAGUCAGUCUGCUUUGUGGGACGCCAUGGACCGACAAGUGAGCAUUGUUUCAAGGCAAGAGUGGGGAGCAGCCGCCGCCAAGCAAACCAAGGCUCUGAAAGGACCUGCCCGAAGAGUUGUUAUACACCACACUGCCUACCCAAGCUGCAAAGACCUGGCUGAGUGCAAAGCCAGCCUUGUCAGUAUUCAGAGAUACCAUAUGAAAGACAGAAAGUUUGAUGAUAUUGGAUACAAUUUUCUUGUUGCUGGAGAUGGGACUGUGUUCGAGGGUCGUGGCUGGGGUGUGAUGGGCGCACAUGCCAAAGACCACAACAGUGACUCACUGGGAAUUGCCUUCAUGGGGAAUUUCAACAAUGAGACGCCGAGUGAAAAAGCAGUCGUUGCGGUGAAACAGCUGGUGCAGUCUGGAGUUUCCACAGGAUUUUUACAGCCUGGGUUUGACCUGUAUGGACACAGAGAUCUGGGAAACACAGAGUGUCCAGGAGAAAAGCUUUACGCCGCACUGCCACGACUGAGGAGCACGUCAUGAAGCUCGCAGACAAUUUGUCAGUGUUUUGAGGGGAAAUUGGACACAGACCCCAUCACCAGCUUCUGUGAAGUAAGCAAGGUGUUAGGAGGAAGAAGCUUUCUAGAUCCAACAUUAAUGCUCAGGUUUCUUUUUUCCUCAUCGCAUUAUUUGCAUAUUAUUUGCACGUUAUUAUAUUAUUAUUAUCUGUUAGCAGGAAUUCUGUUUAACAGCCUGUCAGAGCUUUCUUUUACAGCAGAGGGAGCCAUUGCAUGGGAUGAGAGUAACGCAGGGUUUAUCUGUUUAGAAGUGCAAUUGGAAACCACGAUACAUGAAUAUAUACAAUUGAAUGUUGUGUGAAAGUUUACAUUUUUAUGUUGAUUUAAUAUUCAAUCUUUUUUUGUUACUGGUGAAAAAAAAAAACAUUUGCUUGAAUUAAACUGUUACCAUGUUGUGCUUAAGGAUUUUAGAGAGGUGAAAAAAAUAUCAGCAGUGAUAUUUAAGAUCUUGGUAGCAUUAUCAAGCGUGCAUCUCAUCGUGUUUGUAAUCAUGAUAGCUCCAAAUGUUUCGAAUGAAUUCUCAUCAAACUUUGUAGGGGUGUAGAGUAGGGUCAUGUUAACAGUGCAUUAAAAUUUGGAUUGCAUCCACCGAAGUCUUCAAGGUCGACUCAAUGAUUAGUUGGUGAAAACUAUGAUUCUUAUAAUUGCUGUGUGUUGUCAACAUAUCGAAAGCACCAUAAAGAUUUAAAAUAUUGUGUCACAUUUGACACAUCUUCUUCGAGAUCAACAGACUAAUCUGAAGAUCAAAGUGAAAGAAAAUCCUAUAUAGAUAUAAAUUCUAUAUAGAGCUAUUUAAAACUGUGUUUCUUACAGCCAUUGUUAGUGCUGACAACAUAUAGGCAUAUAGGGAAUAAUAUAUGGGGAUUCUAAGUUACUGUGGACCUCUGACCUCUUCUCCAAGGUCAAAUUUUUAUAAAAUGUCUUGUAUCUUUGAAAUUGUACUUAAAAUUCUUCUGCCUUUGUUUGUAUUGGCAACAAUCAGGAAAUAAUUCAGGUGUAUGGGGAUUCGAAAUAUCACAUUAUAGUUUGUACCCAAAUGUCGUGUCACAUUUGACCUCUGACUUUCAAAUUUCACAUCCGCCUUUCUUUCAAGCUGACCUCAAAAAUGUGUUUUAUAUUUAAAGAGAGAAUCAAGACAAAGAGAAGGAGCUUCCUAGUUUGUUAGAAAUAUAUUGUAGUUUCCUAUUAUAUAAAAAGUUAUUCAUGUCCAGUUAUUUACAAAUCAGUACCUAUUAUUCAUUAUCUACUGCUCCAAAAUGUUUGUAUAAUCAAAGUAAACAUCUGUCAUGUU